AUGCUUAUUAAGUUGAGUGUCCCACCACAUCCCAUUCCAGCGCAACAGAUCAAACUGGAUAUCGAACCUGAUUACAAGCCCAGCGGCAAUACGCAGCAACAGCAAACUCCAAAAUUUCAGGCACAGCAGCUGAGCGUCACUCUUCUACUCCGUCAGGUUUCUCGAAUAAAGGAGCGUGUUGAAGAAAAGGAAGGCAUCCCACCGGUUCAACAGCGGCUUAUUUAUGGAGGGAAACAGAUGGCAGACGAUAAGACUGCAGCUGAAUACAAUCUCGAGGGCGGCGCUACGCUACAUUUAGUUCUCGCUCUUCGCGGUGGCGUGUUGUAG